AUGACAUUUAUUUUCAAAUUUUCAUGCCAUAUCAAAAAUCACGCCAGUUAUUAUACGAUAGUUUUCUUUUUCCUCUUUUCUUUCUCUUCUUUUUCUCUCCUUUCUUUUCUUUCCUUUUUCUCUCCUUUCUUUCUUUUCUUUUCUUUCAUUUCUUUUCUCUCCUUUUUCUUUUUCUCUCCUUUUUUCUUUUCUCUCCUUUCUUGCUUUUCUUUUACUCUCCUUUCUUUCUUUUCUUUUUCUCCCCUUUCUUUCUUUUCUUUUCUUUCAUUUCUUUUCUCUCUUUUCUUUUUCUCUCCUUUCUUUCUUUUCUUUUCUUUCAUUUCUUUUCUCUCUUUUCUUUUUCUCUCCUUUCUUUCUUUCCUUUUUCUUUCUUUUCUUUCUUUUCUUUUUCUCUCCUUUCUUUCUUUUCUUUUUCUCCCCUUUCUUUCUUUUCUUUUCUUUCAUUUCUUUUCUCUCUUUUCUUUUUCUCUCCUUUCUUUCUUUCCUUUUUCUUUCUUUUCUUUUUCUCUCCUUUCUUUCUUUUCUUUUUCUCUCCUUUCUUUCUUUUCUUUUUCUCCCCUUUCUUUCUUUUCUUUUCUUUCAUUUCUUUUCUCUCUUUUCUUUUUCUCUCCUUUCUUUCUUUCCUUUUUCCUUCUUUUCUUUUUCUCUCCUUUCUCUUUCCUUUUUCUUUCUUUUCUUUUUCUCUCCUUUCUUUCUUUUCUUUUUCUCUCCUUUCUUUCUUUUCUUUUUUAUCUCUCCACUCCUUUUCCUUACUUUUCUUACAUUUCAUUUUUUCUCUCUUUGCAAUUUUUCUUUAAUUCUUUUUCUCUUUUUUCUUUUUCUCUCCCUGCUCAUUUUUCUUUCAUUCCUUUUCUUUUUCUCACUCUUCUCUUUUUCUUUCUGUUCUUUUCUUUCCCUCUCUUCUCUUUUUCUUUCUUUCUGCUAUUUCUUUUUCGAUUUUUUCUUACUUUUCUUUCUUUCUCUCUCUUUUCUUUAUGUAUUCUUUCUUUUCCUUGUCUCUUAUUAUUGUUUUUAAUCAUUCACUUCUUUUUUUUCUUUUUCCUUCUCCUUUUAUAUUUUCUUCUUUCAUUUUUCCUUCAUCCUCUUAAUGUUCCUAAUCCCAGCAUCACUCGCCACUCCCAACCAUUUCUCUCUCCCACCCAUUUUUUUUUGAUGUCUCAUUCUUUUUGUUUGCUUUCUUUUUUUUCACUUACUAUUCACAUCUAUCUCAUUCUGUUCAUAUCUGUCUAUCUGUCCAUCUCAUUCUGUUCACAUCUAUCUAAUUCUUUUUACAUCUAUAUAUCUAUCUCAUUCUUUUCACAUCUAUCUAUCUCAUUCUUUUCACAUCUAUCUCCUUUUCAUAUCUAUCUAUCUAUCUAUCUAUCUAUCUAUCUAUCUAUCUAUCUAUCUAUCUAUCUAUCUCUUAUUUUGUUCACAUCUAUUUAUCUUUACACUUCUGAAAAGCAGGAAUGUAAAUAUAACUUUUCUUACUCAUUUAUUAAAAAACUCUUACAGCGAAAAAUUCUUGGAUGA